GCCUGGGGAGGGGCCAUGGUGCCAAGCCAAUUAUGGGGGACUCUGGAGAAGCCGCUUCUCUUCCUGUGUUGCACCUCCUUCCUCCUGGGGCUGGCUUUGCUGGGGAUACGGCCGGACAUCGCCCCCGUUUCUUAUUUUUUUCUCACCUUGGGUGGCUUCUUUUUGUUGGCCUGCCUCCUGGCCUGUGGUUUGGAAUGGGGGUCUCGAUCAAUGCAGACCGAGAGCCCAGGGGCCUCAAGCAAUGCACGGGACAAUGAAGCCUUUGAGGUGCCAACCUACGAAGAGGCCACAGUGUUGGAAUCACAGUGCCACCCCCCAGGGGUGGAUAAACCACCCUCCUACACCAGUGUUGUAACCCCCCCAGAACUUGAGGUGGGACAGCCUAGCCAUCUAGAGGAGCCCAGGAGAGCCAGACUGGACAGGCGAGUGGGCUCAGAGGGGUCUGUGAUCUCAGGAAGCCCUGGAAGAUCUCCAGUCAGCCUGCGGCUUCGGGGACGACGAGUUGCGUCCACUGUUCCUGAUCUGCAGAGCUUGUGGGCGCCCCCCAAAUUGGAACCUCUUACUCCACCCCCUGCCUACGAUGUCAGCUUUGGUCACCUUGAUGAUGAUGUUUUCUAUGGAAACAACUGGACACCCCCCUAAAGGACUUUCCCAGGAUAUAUCAUCUUUCUGCACCAGACCCACUCAUUCAUUCGAACAAUGCUUCCCAGUGCCUGUUAUGUGUCAGGAACUGCGUCUCCACCUGGAUGUCACAAAUGAUGACUUUAACCCAGAGGGGAGUGAGGCUAUGGUGAGCCCUUCCCAGUUUUACAGUGGCACAUCCCAGGGAUGUAGGCGGCACAAUUUGAGCCUUCAGGCAAUAUUCAGUGACCUACCCCAUACCUGGUAUUUCCAGAGUUAGACUGAGGGUGAGAUGAGGAGAUUCCAGAGAAUGUAGUGAAGGAAGAAAAGAAACAAUAUCUGAGUGACAGCUCUGUUACUUCUGUUCCAGGUGCUUUGCCUCUAUUAGAUCACAAAAAUGAGGUAUUGUCCUCAUUUGAAAAAUGAGGAUCCUAAGGGUCAGAAAAAAUUGAUAAUUUGCACAGGGGCACAGCGCUAGUAAAUAACACACAAAUGUCUUGAAUUCUGCUCUUCUGAUCCCAUAGCC